AUGUUGGAAUUUGCAAACUUCGCAUGGACUCCUGUUCUCCAACGGGACAUCUUACUCCUAGAGUCGGUGCAGCGUAGGGCGACUAGGAUAUCUUACGGUAGAGUACGACCAAAUUAUUGUGAAAGGCUUGCGGUAAUGAAUUUGACAACCCUGACUGAAAGGCGAAAAAGGGGUGACUUAGUGACAACUUUCCAAUCUUUGUCCAAUUCACAGUCGCCUAUUCAUCAUUUGUUUACUUUGAGCACGGAUCAGCGAAUCUGGGGACAUCGUUUUAAGUUGGCAAAAGGUCAAUUUAUAACAACCGUUCGACAGUUUUUUAUCAUCAACAGGGUUUUCCACGACUGGAACUCGCUACCCCAAGAAAUUGUUGACAGUCAGUCAACUGCGAGUUUUAAAGUUAGAUAG